GAGAGAGAGAGGAGGUAAUGAGAGAGAAAAAAAAUCCGAAAGCGAGCUACCUUAUCCUUCUCCCCGCUCAAUUGGAAAGCCUCAACGCUGCUUCUCCUUCAUUUGUGUGCCUUGUUCAAUUCCUAUGCCUGACUUUUAAUCUCUACUCUCUCUGCCAUUUCACUUCUUCACAGUUUCAGCCAUUUCCUCUCUCUCUCUCCCCCUCUCUCCCCCCCCCUCCAUGGCUGCUGCAGCCACUGCUUCCUCUUCCGUCUGCAAUCGACUCCAUAGCCUCUACGUCACUCCCUCUUCCUUCUCAAUCACCCUCAAAUUCCCUUUCAGACCCUUUUCUCAUAAACCUCCCACCCUCAAUCUCAAACCCCACCUCCUCAAUUCCUCUACUCUCUCGCUCUAUCAUCUUCGUUUGGCUUCCGCUGCCUUCGACGGAUUCGAAGUCGCUGAAGACAGCACAGGCGCUGAGCAGGAAGAACCAGAACCCUCUGAAAAAUCAGAACAAGACGAGGAUGACCAAAAGGUAUCAGACUCGAACGAAGCUGGGAGGCUCUAUGUGGGAAAUUUGCCCUUUUCAAUGACUUCUUCCCAUUUGUCUGAGAUUUUUCAAGAGGCUGGCAAUGUGGUGUCUGUAGAGAUAGUAUACGAUCGCGUCACGGAUAGAAGCAGAGGAUUUGCAUUUGUCACAAUGGGAAGUGCUGAGGAUGCUAAAGAAGCCAUUCGGAUGUUUGAUGGCUCCCAAGUUGGAGGUAGGACGGUGAAGGUAAACUUCCCAGAAGUGCCAAGAGGAGGCGAAAGACUAGUGAUGGGGCCAAAAGUGAGGAAUAACUACAGAGGCUUCGUGGACAGUCCUCACAAGAUAUAUGCUGGAAACCUUGGUUGGGGAUUGACUUCACAGGGUCUGAGAGAUGCAUUUGCUGGUCAGCCAGGCUUUUUGAGUGCCAAGGUCAUCUAUGAAAGGGACACCGGAAGAUCUCGAGGCUUUGGGUUUGUCUCUUUUGAAACUGCUGAGGACGUUGAGGCUGCUUUGAACGCUAUGAAUGGUGUGGAGGUUCAAGGCAGGGCUUUGAGACUGAAUUUGGCUGCAGAUAGGACAAGUGUAUCUCCUCCAUCAAUGGAUGAAACUGCACAAGGUAAUGUUGAUAGCUCGGAAUUGGUGUCUAGCGUCAGCACAUGAGGAUUUUUCCCCUUCUGGUCCUCCGUUUCCAGUUAUUUAUUGGUCAAAUUGGUAUAAUACUAACUACACGACCCGGCGGUUGUGGGGUGUAUGUUUAGAACGGCUGCUCAAUAUAUUUAUCAAGAAAUUCAUGUUAAAUUAAA